GUCUGUCAAUAGAUUAUGGCAACUGGUAGUGGCAUCUCAAUCUCAUAAAUUUUCAUUUCAUUCAUAGUGAGAUAAGUGAAGAUAUUCGUUGGUGUUUUACGCAAUUGUUUGUAUUUUGUGCUUAAAUUAUAGAAUGACCGAUUCAAAACAUUCGCACCCACACUGCGCGGUGCAGAACUGUAAAAUGUCGGUGUUCAACAAAAUCCCCGGCACUUCGUUUCAUCCAUUUCCAACCACUAAUGAAAUGAGAAACAAAUGGUUGAAUAUCCUGAAAUCACGAUGUUCCUCCAUAGACUGGGCUAGGAGCCGCAUCUGCUCCAGGCAUUUUGAAAAUAGAUAUUUUGACAUUGUUGAUUCACGAAGAAAACUGCGGGAUAACGCACUACCGAGUCUUUUUCCCGCCAGUGCCUCGUCUACCCAGAGAGUUGUCAGAUCUCUUAAACCAGUGGAAAGCACUCCUCCCAGGACCAAAAUCGACAGACUGCUCAACAGAAUGACCCAGACACAACUGCUUGAUGAUGUCAAAAGUACAAUGCGCCUUAUUAAAGUCCCCGACAAUUUCUCGGACUAUGUGAAUGAUGACCUGCAUUGUAACCCUGAUACUCCAGUAGAAGCUCAGCUGUGGCUUCUGAUUAAAAAACAAGAUCAUUUGAUCACAAGACUGAUGCAGCUAGUUCUACAAAAUAAGAAGCAUGUAGAAGUCUUGCAGAAGAAUAUGGAAGAGAGUAGAAAUGAAAAGAAGGAAAUGGAACAAUCACUUGAGAACUACAAGUACAUUGCCAAGUGUCUACAAGAGAAACAUGCUACUCUUGAAGAACAGAUUGAAAUUCUUACUGCUGUUGAAUCUAGAUAACUUGUCCGAUUUUAUGUAAGAACAUUUGUUAGAGGUGAUGUUCAUUCUCAGUAACUAAUUAAACUCUUUUCUAAUAAAUAAUUUAUUUAUUUUCACACAUACCAAGAUUACCAAGCUACAAUACUUUUUAAUUUGCUAAAUAGUUUAAUUUAUGUACUAAAAUCUUUAUUACAAUAAAUAGGUACUUAAUUAUCAUAUCAGUCAGUUUAUAAAAAAAGAUCACAACUUGAUAUCAAGUAAGACAUUAGCAAAUAAUUAAUUUAAAACUUACAUAGGUACCUAAUACCCUUCAUCUCAAAACAUGUCAAUGAAUUUUAAUUACCUAUGUAUAUAUUUUAAAUAAAUUGAAUAAAUUAAU